AUCAACAAAAAUGCCACAAUCCGCCGGUUGCCUCUGAAACCCCCAAAAGAAAGAGAUUUCUUCUUCAUCACCAUCAUCUCCUUCCCCCUCUCCCUCCCUGCCUCAUUCCCUCCCUCUCUCUCUCUCCAGCACUCAAAUCUUGCAGGGAGAACCAAACCCAGAUUGAAGAAUAAGAAUCAUUCACUGGGAAAAUCUCUCUCCUUCUCUCUUUCUUUCUCUGUGUAUCUUGAUUUUCCCUCCUUAACUUUUCUUGGCCCCCUUUGCUUUUGAUGCUUUUACCUUUUCCACUGCUCAUCCCCAUCAAGAUUUGGAUACCCACUCGCCCAAUAUUCCUUUUCUUGCUCUUGAUAUCCCUCCAUCCCCUCCCCCUUCCUUCCUCCUCAUCCCCCACCACCACCACCACAACCACCACCUAUAAAUCCAGCGAUACCCACGACGGCCAGAGCCUAGCCGGACCAGCAAGAACCCCCGCCGCAGCCGCAGCCGCAGCCAUGAAGGUCCACCCUAUGCCCCCCAAGAAGAGGAACAUCACCCUCCAGUACGUCCCCAGGAGCGCCGCCUCAAUCGAGGCCCAGGCCCUCGCCGGUGUCGUGGCCGCCGCCGCCCACCACCACCACCAACACCAACACCACCACCACCACCACCACAAGAUCCUCCGCCGGCUCCCCCACAUCUUCAGCCGCGUCCUCGAGCUGCCCUUCCGGGCGGACGCCGAGGUGGAGGUGGAGGAGCUGCCCGGGUUCUUCCGGUUCGUCGCCGAGACCGAGGGGAUCGUGGCCGGCGUCCGGGCCCACACCGUGGAGAUCCACCCCGGGGUGACCAAGAUCGUGGUGAGGCCCAACGGCUCGCUCGAGCUGCUGUCCCUGGACCAGCUGGAGCUCGACAUGUGGCGGUUCCGCCUCCCCGAGUCGACCCGGCCGGAGCUCGCCAGCGCGGUGUGCGUCAACGGGGAGCUGAUCGUGACGGUGCCCAAGGGCGCGGAGGAGGACGACGACGACGACGCCGUGGGGGGCGGCGGCGGGAAUGGCCGCGUCGGUGAUGGGGAUGUUUGGGGAGGAGGUAAGGGAAAUAGACUUGUAUUUGUACAGUAAAAUAAAACCACCCUCCCUCUCUCCCUCUUUUUACUUUUAAUGGAGUUCCCCGUUCUGCACCCGGCUCAAUGUUGUUGUUGGGGUGCUGUCCUUCUAGUCUGCAAGUUAGCUUUGACUUUUUAGAGGUUGGUGAUCGAGCUGAAGCUCUCUCUGUGAUGUGUCGUUCUGCUGAAUCCAAGAUUAAAAAGAAAAAAAAAAAAUUUAUGAAUGUUGCUUCUCUUCUUUAUCA